CACAUUAUCGCAAAACAACAACUACAGGUCCAGUGUUUCCUCGAUCAUGAAGCUACAAAUCCCCAAUCCGGGCCUGGAGGACAGGUUACUGUCCAACGAGCAGCUGGACAAGCUGGAGGAGGACGAGGCUGGAGACCGACCAAAAUGGGAGAACAAGACGCAGUACAUGCUGACGUGUGUGGGGUUUUGUGUGGGGCUCGGAAAUGUCUGGCGCUUCCCCUAUCUGUGCCAGAUUCAUGGAGGAGGUGCAUUUAUGAUACCGUUUCUGAUCCUGCUGGUCCUUGAAGGAAUCCCACUUCUGCAUAUGGAGUUCGCCAUCGGUCAGCGUAUAAGAAAAGGGAACUUGCAGUUGUGGGCUACAAUUCAUCCUUAUUUAGUUGGUAUUGGAAUUGCAUCCAUGCUUGUGUCUCUCACAGUCAGUCUCUACUACAACACCAUCCUUGCCUGGAUUAUGUGGUACUUCUUCAACUCCUUCCAGGAGCCUCUGCCAUGGAGUCAAUGUCCUCUGAAUGCCAAUUUAACAGGAUAUAUCCCAGAGUGUGAGAAGAGCUCCCCCGUGGAUUAUUUCUGGUACAGGGAGACCUUGAACACAACUCCUGCGAUUGAGAACGACGGUGGGCUGCAGUGGUGGAUAUUGUUAUGCCAUAUUUGUGCAUGGGCUAUGCUCUACGUCUGCAUCAUUCGUGGGAUUGAGACCACAGGAAAGGCUGUGUAUGUGACCGCAACUCUUCCUUAUGUGGUGCUGACGAUCUUUCUGAUCAGAGGACUGACUCUGAAAGGAUCUUUGAAUGGACUAAAGUUUCUCUUCACGCCGGAUGUUACAGAGCUGGCAAACCCAUCAACAUGGCUUGAUGCAGGUGCUCAGGUUUUCUAUUCCUUCUCUCUGGCUUUCGGUGGUCUCAUUUCCUUCUCCAGCUACAACUCAGUGCAUAACAACUGUGAACAGGACGCAGUGAUCAUCUCCGUCAUCAAUGGUUUCACCGCUGUCUUUUCUGCAACUGUCGUUUACACCAUUAUCGGCUUCAGAGCGACAGAUAGAUUCGACAGCUGUGUUUCUGGAAACAUCCUAGAAUUGCUAAAUACAUUUAAUUUGGCUGAGGGCGCCGUCACUGAAAGCAACUACAAGGACGCCCUUCAAUAUUACAAUGAAACAAACCCUGGUGUUGUUCAAGGGAUGGAUCUGAAAACCUGCAACUUGGACACUUUUCUCAGUGAGGGAGUUGAAGGAACUGGUUUAGCCUUCAUUGUGUUCACUGAGGCUAUCACCAAGAUGCCGCUCUCACCGCUGUGGGCCGUCCUCUUCUUCAUCAUGCUCUUCUGCCUGGGCCUCUCUACUAUGUUUGGUGGCAUUGAAGGAGUUCUAGUGCCACUGCAAGACCUGAACGUUUUCCCUAGGUCAUGGCCAAAGGAGGCCAUCACUGGUGCAACGUGCCUGCUGUGCUGUCUGGUGGGUCUGAUAUUUAUCCAAGGCUCAGGAAACUACUGGCUUGCUCUCUUUGACACUUACGGAGGAUCCAUCCCCCUGCUAGUUGUUGCCUUCUGCGAAAUGUUCUCAGUGGUAUACAUUUAUGGGAUAGAUAGGUUCAAUGACGACAUUGAGUUCAUGAUUGGACACAAACCCAACAUCUUCUGGCAGGCAACUUGGAGAGUCAUCAGCCCGCUCAUCAUAUUUGUCAUCUUGGUCUUUUACUUUGUCACUAAAGUUUCUGAAAAGCUCUUUUACAAAGUUUGGGAUCCAGAAUCGGAGAAAUUCCCGGCACUGGAGGACAAACCAUAUCCAGUCUGGAUCAAUGUGAUCAUUUUUAUAUUGGCAGGAAUACCCUGUCUUGCUGUACCUUGUGUUGCCCUCUGGAAAUGUAUCAGGACAAAGACAAAGAAAAGUGAAAAGUCACAUUCCGAUAUGUCAGAUGAAAUUGAAGUCACCAGUGAGUCAAACUAAAUCUCAGUCUGAUAUACUUUUUCAGAUUUGAGUGAAGGAUAUCAUGGUUUUAUCGAUGACAUUUUAAAAUAGUAGGCAUAGCUUCAAAAAGCCAAUAUUCUACUGGCUUUUAUAAUGGGUCGUAUUAUGUUGUAUAGUCCACGUUUAACUUGGGACCCAAUAAUUCGGAGUGAGACAUCGUUAUCUGUGUAUAUUUAUAUUUGGUGUCUAAUUACACUAGAGAUGAGAAAUCUAAUAAACAUAAGAUUACGUGUGAUUUGACAGCUACAGUCACAUUCUGUCCCAGAAGGAAUCUGACUUGGAGCCAUAUAAUAAAAAAAUAAACCUCUCUGUUGAACUACUUCAUAUAUUGAUUAAUAAAUAAUAAUGGUGGAGUUAAGAACAUUUGAUUUACAUUUCAUAAUGCAUUUUGUCAUGUUGACACAACAAAGUAAUGUUGGACAGUCUGGCCAAAACAUGGCUUUUCACUUGGGUUGUGUUUCCCCAGUUAAAAAAAAACAUUUCACAGCCAUCAAAGGCGUCUCUCCACAAAAUUAGAAACCAUGGAAAAAAAACCCUUUGAAAUAAGUUACAUUUUAUUAUUUUUAUGACAAUAACAAUUAUGACAAUACAAAAAAAAACCUUCCUUUUGGAAAAUUAUUUAUUCAUAUUUUCCAUAAUGCGUUCUACUGCAACGUGAACUUUGUUUUUACAUUAAAAGGGCCCAUAUUGUGUAAAAUACAUUUUCUGGGUUUUUACUAUCCGUAAUGACUUGAAGGGGGUCUGUAGG